AUGGUUGCAGAUUGUGAGUACUGCGUAUACCAAUACUAUAGUUACGGGUCGAACACCCAAGUCAUUCAGGAUUUUAUUCAAAUAACAAAUACGUAUAAAAGUUUCGCCGAACGAUGCAAUGGCUUUUCGAAUCAAACCGAUAUUGGAUAUGGUAAUUGUUCACCGUUGUCAUAUGAAACAUUUAAUACAUCGAUUCUAUGUAUUUGUGCAACGAAUUUAUGUAAUCAUGAUCUUGAUUCGUGUCGAUUGUCAGUUCAGAAUCAAACACAAUCAAAUUCUGCACCAGUAAGUUUACCAGCAUUGCUUCCUCGACUGCAGUUAUCGAUUUCUUGUGUCAAUUCAUUGUUUUCUCAAACUGAUGCUGUCAACACGACUUAUUAUUGUGCCAAUUCGCACUCUCCUUAUAUCAACUUGACCGCAUGCAUUGAAUAUUAUCGUGCAAAUACAGUUUUAUGUGCUCUUAUACUUCAAGGCAAUGAAACUAUGGCGGUCGGAUUAUCCGACGAUGAAUAUCGAUUGAUUUUGCUUGCAAAUAUCCAAAAUAUUUACUAUUUUGAUCAGUAUCCCGGUGUAAGUGUAGCAUAUAAUCAAAGUUCAUCAUACUUUUAUGUGAUUUACAAGCAAAUAAUUGAUUCAAGUAACGAAACGUAUAUUCAGCAAGUAUGCUUUUGUGCCCAAGAUAAUUGCACGUCAAAUAUGACAAGCUGUCUUAAUGCAAAUCGAUCAUUAAUCGUUACCAAUCAUGAUGAAGACGAAGAUUCCCAUGAAAUGCAUAAUCAAACGCUUUCAACGCGUAUAUAUUUAAUCUUAUUAGUAGUAUCCGUGUUUGGCCUUUUGAUUUAUACAUUGACUGUAUCCAUUACAGAGACAAUCGUUGUCAAACAGCCCUUAUAUCACCAAUACCAAAAACUGACAUAUGAACAACUAAAUCUUCAAUGUCAAUGCAAACAAACUUCGAUUGCUUUUGAUGAAUUUGUCGAAUUGCAGCCACACUAUCAUCCUGUUUGCACGUCAGACUUCAUAAGUGACCAAUGGCUUGACUUUCUAAGCAAUACAAGUCAAUUACCUCAUCUAAGUGCCACCGAUUUUCGUCGAACAGCAGUUUAUUCAUUUCAAUUUCUUCGAAAUUUAUGUAAAGUUGCUGAAACAAAUAUCGAUCAAAUUGUUCAACAGCAAUUCAAGUCCCGAUCGUAUAUCAGCUAUCAUUUAAAGGCUAAUAAUAUAUUUCAAGAAGAAAUCCGUUCAUAUGUUGACAAAUUGAUUGAGACAGAAGAAGUCAAUUUUGUACAAUUAAUUCGAAUAUUUUCUGAUUUGAUACAUUCGCAAGGUUUGGCAUCCACAUUAUCUACGAAUCUUGUUCACUACAGAAAUGUACCGUCGGUUAUUACAUCAGAUAUUGAUGAUUUGCUUACAUAUUACCGUGAUAUGAAAUAUUACGACAAGAAAACGCAUACGAUUUGCCGAUGUUAUCUUUCCAAAUGUAUUCAAGAAUACGAAAUUCGAGAUUUACAAACUUCUAACAUUCUCUUUACAAUUCCAAACUUUCACACAGGCUGUUUUAUAGUUGAUUCUUUACUUGACUCAAGCCUCACAUGUUUCUAUAACCAAACAUGUAUCAAAGAAUUAACAUUUCAUCUCAAUUCUUCAUUAUCUAUCACUACGAUUAAUUUAUCACGAUCAUUCUCAAAAAUAAAUCAAACAGUCUACGAACUUGCAAGUCAUCUAAUGAUUAACGAAUGGAACAGAACUACUUCUUUUCACAGAUACUAUGACCUGUGUCAACCAUUCCAAUGCAUAUAUACAUAUGAACAUCGAUUUGUUAUAUCUUACGUGAUUACUAUAUUGUGGAGUGCUAUUGGCGGUCUAGUAACUAUCCUUCGAGUGUUAGUGCCAAAUGCUGUAAAAUUUAUUCGAAAAAGAAGACAUACCACUAAUGAACAGAUUUCCAAGCGUCGUUGGUUGAUUGGGCAACUCAAAUCCAUUAAUUUAUUUAAAUCGACUCCACCGUCCACCGAUUACGAAGUAGUUUAUUUUGAAAUUAUUUCAACGUAUAUUUAUAUUUUCGUUUUUCUUGUCGCACUCAUUCUCGUAACAACCUAUACAGCAGUCCUACCACAAAAAGUCACAAUUACAGUACCUUCGCCAUCUGUUAAAGAAUAUGAACAUCUGAAUGUUCACCAUGCCGAUACUCUUACGUGUGAAUGCACACAGAUUUCUAUUGAUUUACAAACAUUUAUUGAAAUAACACCUAAAUAUCACCAAAUUUGUUCAAGCGUCUAUAUAACAGACAUAUGGUACCGAUAUUUGAUUAGUCGUGCUGAGAAUGUUUCAUCAGGAAUUCUUUAUAUUACAGACGAUUUUUCGACAGCUAUUGGACCAGCCGUCUUUCGUAUGAUUGAAGUAUUUUGCAAGUUGAGCCAGGAAAACGUUCAAACCAAGUUAAACAAUCUGAAAUCAUCCGUUUAUAUUACAAAAGAAGUCGUACAAAGGACAGUUUUUAUUGCCCAACAAAGUCAUACUAUUGAACUAUUCAAACUUGAUCAACAUCUGACGAACGCUUUAUCAGCGGAAAUGUUUGCAGAAAUGAUACAAUGGAACUCUCUAUAUUCCUACAUGCAAAUAAACUAUUCGCCAUAUCUGCGAUACCCUCCAUGGUCAGUGCAUAUGGGGUUUUCCUAUGCUGAUAAAUGUUUAUGUAUACUCCAAUACAGACACUGCUUUAUCCCUGCGACCAUUGCAGCUCUUGAGCCAAAUAAGACUAGUGUAUAUGGAUCUUUUUGGUCUGUACCAGGAAUUUUCGGCGGAUGUUAUCCAUAUUUUGGUGCGUUACCGUCUACUUUAGUCUGUCUGUAUAAUAAGUCAUGUUUAUCUGCAUUAAUAUACUACCUUCGACCGACGUUUGAAUUGAAUAUCACUGUACUGAAAGAACAUUCGCCUCCAUCGAUAUUCAAUUCAACAACGAGAAUUAAUGGAUUAAUUCAAGAGUCAAUGAUCGAGCAUUGGCAAAUAAUCAUUAAUUAUGAGCAAUAUUACGAAAAAUGUAAACCAAAGCAAUGUACUUAUACGUAUGUAAGACGAUUUUUGAUUACUUAUGUUAUUUCAAUAAUUCUGGGUGUUAUCAGCGGUUUGUCUUGGUCAUUAAGGUUAAUUGUACCAUAUUUAGUGAAAUUAAUAAGAAAACUAUGGAUCAAGAUAAGAUAUGAAGAUGAUCAAGAUCAAGAUGAAAUAAGUAAGUUUACAACUUAUCUAAAAGUAUUAUUCCUUCAUAUCACAUAA